UAGACAGAGAAUCGAACGAAUGAAUCUCAGUUGAUUUGAUUGAUCUUUAUUUUUCUGUCGGGAUCUGGGUACCUAAUUUUCACAAAUAAUUUUCGUAAAAAAGGUAUUAUUUUAAUUUGUGGAUCAUUUGGUCGAUAUAAAAUUAAUCUGCCAAGAUGCUAUACCAUGAAGACAAUGGAGUAGAUUCUAGACGAUAUACUACCACUUCCAACUCAAUUCAAUUUGGCCCUUGGCACAUCUCGUACGACGUAAGCUGUAUACUACCCAGUGUUUGCUCUACAAAGGUUGUAUGUGAACGAGAUGACGAUCAGUUUUGCCAGUUUUGUUUAUACUGCAAAGAGCUGCAGAUUCCACACUUCCCAGAUAUGGUUUUCCCUAAGAAUAUUUUACUUCUUAGACAUGCAAGUGGUGCUGUGAUCAAUUUUAACCCUUUAGAUGCUUUGAGAGGUGUAGCCAACACAGUUGAGGCUAUCGAAGUUGCUUGUGCUGAAGCGUGGCAGGAAGCCCGUCCAGAUGCAGAAAAGAAAAAGAGGAAUUUUGAUUGGACUUUUUCCACUGAAUACAAAGGCACACUCACAGACAAUAUUGUUAUAGAAGCUACAAAUGAAGAGAUUGACUACAAUUUGUUGAAGCGGAAAGAACAGAUAUUAUUUUAUCAUGAUCUGACAUUAUUUGAGGAUGAACUCCAUGACCAUGGAAUAUCCAAGUUGUCAGUCAAAAUAAGAGUGAUGCCAUCAUGUUGGUAUAUUUUAAUGAGAUACUUCCUAAGAGUUGAUGAUGUGUUAGUGCGAUCACAUGAAACAAGGAUGUUCCAUGUUCUGGAUUCAAACUAUGUGCUUAGAGAAUUCAUGGCAAAGGAAUCAAUGGCAAAAGAUUUGAAUAUUCCAAUCACUCACAUGAAAGAAGCAGAUGACGUGAUUCCACACCUUCCUGUCAAAUUGAAAACUAUUGAUAAAUUGAUAAUAAACUUUUAGUACAGUUUCGAUCUCCAUUGUAUAAAAAUAAUUUAAUUAUAAAAAUUAAGUACCUAAGCAUAAAUAAAAGUGGUUGUAAAGAA